ACAGUAAAAAGAAGCCAGGAAGAACAACGUGUUACGUUAGCAUAAACAGCUAGUUCGGAGGUGUGUGUGUAUGUGUGUGUGUAUAUGUUAUAAGCUCCGAGGUUGUGCAGCUGUAUCAUCCCACAAGCGACCCUCUCCCCGGCGACCGGGCCGCUUUAGGUCACCUGAUACAGUGACGCUGUAGCCCCACUGCCAGUUCUGUGAUCCAAGAAAAUAAUGUGCUGCAGCUGAAGAUGGGUGGCAGCGGCUCCAGAUCCAAAGGAUUUUGGCCUUUUUCUGGCCCAGUUAGUGUGGAAGAACCAACCAAAGAUGGAGAUGAGCAGCCCCUGGCCAGAGUUCGAAGUUUCCGAGGCGCAACGCCUUUUGUGUUUACUAGACGAAGCUCAUUGUUCUUUGAUGAAGACGGCGACUUGGCCCACGAGUUCUAUGAAGAAACAAUUGUGACAAAAAAUGGACGAAAAAGGGCCAAACUGAAAAGGAUCCAAAAAAAUCUAACAGCUCAGGGAAUUAUAAAGCUGGACCACCCAUGCAUCCAUGUAGAUUUCCCAGUUGUCCUCUGUGAAGCAUGACAAUGUCUGAGGAUUGUCUCAGACGAGCCACUGUGUCAACUCCGUCCCGUGGUUUUCCCCUCAGCUGGAAGCCUGAACCACCUUUUAAAAAACACCUGAUCUCCUGAUAUAUUUGAUGCUCUUAUGUGGACAGGCAGAUGCAAUGUUGCUGAGCCUCUGCAUGUGAUCUUUUGGCUUGUGUUCAGACACAGAAUAGGUCACCGGUGGGGACAUGGAAGGGUGCCAAGUUGGCAAAACCAGCUCAGUUUACAGAUCAUGGUUUGUGUGCAUGUGUGUGUGAAUGUGUGUGCAGACGCAGGUAAUCGUGACAGUCCUGGAGUUGUUGCUGCAGAUUGUUUUCUGGUAUGAUUCACUGAACUCUAGGAGUUCAAGGAGAAUGUAACCAGUUCUCUCUCCUGUCACAGUAUAUAUAGAGCAGGAACCUUUAGCUGCACACUUUAGUUUAUUGACACCCUCAUGAUUUAUCAUGCAUGGAACAGGAUCAGCUUAUCGGUAACAUCCGAGGGAGUUGACAAUCAGCUGCCCAAGAAAUCUGAAGUGGAUUAACGUCAUGGAUGGACUGGCUUCAGUGACCUCCGAGCCUCACAUGUACACAGUAACAGCAGCAAGAGAUCCUGUUGUUUUCUUUGCUGCUUCCGCAUAUUAUGUUUCACUUUUAAUUUAUUAUAACUUUUUUAAUUACAAUUUAAAAUGGUGAACUGUGUCAUGGUCCCUUUUUUUUAAUAUCCAUACAUUAUCACUGAACAGCAGUAGAGUGCAAUUAGUUGCAAAUCAUCAAGAUCAAGGGGGGGGUCAAAUCUAAGGAUGUACUUUACACACUAAUGGCGUAUAAUGACUUUAUUUGUACCGGUGCAGAUUAUAGUUACUACACACGUCUGGCUGUAAAUGCCUCAGGACACAAAGGCCGUGGGAAUUUUUCAAGGGAAUUAGAGCAUUAUAAGCAGCCAGCAGAGAGUUAACAUACCACAACUGAAACAAGUACAAAUUCAAUUGGCAGAUUUCAGCAAUUAUACACACUUGUUUGACAAAUUUGUCAGGGGUCUCAUCUACCAUAUACAUAUAGUGCAUCAAUACCAGUCAUCAUUUGACUAAAGCCUCUUCCUUGUAUCGAAGGAUUUAGGCGUGAAAGAUAAAGAAACUAGUGAGUUACCUUUAGACGACUGGAGACAACUAUUUGUAAAAUAGAAUCCUAUUUUACUGUAUAAUAAUUAUGUAAAAUAAUUGUAUUUAUUUAAUCACAUCAGGACUAUUAAAAUACUUUUAGUCUGUAAUGAGUGUGAGGAAACCCAUUCAUCAGAAUUUAAAUGUGGUUAGUCUUUGUAUCAGAAUUAUUUAAUAUGGCUACAAGAGUCUUUUGUAAUGGCAGAUAAUUCUGCUUUUUGUCAGACGUUGUAAACACUAAAAUUAACUGACGGGGACGCCAAUGUUGUGGAAAUAAUGCUCCCGACCUCCACCUGCGAUGACAUUAGCCACCUGCAGAGGAAAUUUCUAAGGCGAAACACUAAUUGGCAAUGUGUGUGUAUUUGUGUGUGCUAAUGAAGAAUGGAUGAUGUCGAGAGAAGUGAAGGCCAUCAAUUUCCCUGUCUCCAUGAGAAAGUGGUUUCUGCAAAGCCGUCUCUGAUAUUGUUCUCCUCAGAGGAUAAACAGGACUGUGCCAAAAUCCACUCCACUUUAUUGCUUCCAUGAAAUUAAUUUACUCUGCACAAGUCCUCUGGCUGAAUUCUUCUAUCAGUUGUGUCUGAGGGAGACAUGGCAUUACAAUUACUUUUUGUUGUUUACUUUCACAAAACUGUAAUAUUAUGCAAGGCCAUGAGGUGAAUUGUGGCAUUAGGGUCAAAUUAAAAGAUCUGACUCAGCAAACUGCCCAUGGUUUGGCUUUUCUGACUAAAGUCUGGGCAGGUUUUGAGAUGCUCACAAAGACCACGGUAAUCUUUUAGCUUACUAGCAAGAAUGUGUUUAUUAUUUUUAAAUUCUUUGUAGGAACCUGCCAUGCUUAAACAACAGCAGUGAACUCAAGAGGAACUGUUGAUUUACCAACAUAGUCUUCAGGAGAGAAAUCCACAGGUCAGGAGGUGUAACUGCAUAUUUGAGGUUACAAAUUAAUCAUGGUGUAAUUUAAGAAAUGGUUUUAAAAUAUAUGAUUUGUCAAUAAAAGUAAUUAAAUGUG